AUGGCACAAGAGCUUUCCUUCCAGCUCGAGUCGCCUCGGACGGACUACCAUCGAAGCUUUGACGAUAGCUUCCACCUCCAAAGCCGUAUGAUGUUCUGGACGAAGCCGCUUGUGGUUUGGCUUCUGCUGUUGGAAGGCAGCGAGAGCCAGCCGCAAGCCACGGACUUCGUACAGGAGGUGUACCUGGUACAGAGUAUUGGGCUAUCGAUCCCGCUGUUCUGGCGUGCCGGGCGUGCCGAGUAUUCCUUGGCGUUGCCAAGGGAUAGUCAGCUUGUGGCUCUCCGCGUGGACCUGACGCCGCCUUCCUCUUCCGAGGGAGCCGCACUGUUGAAUGCGGCCCCACCUCUCGCUGUUCGAGUUCCCUCCAGAGGGCUGCGAUUUCUUCUGAGUCCAGGCGUGACCUCUGCCUAUGUGUUUGCAGACAUCGGGGAGACCCUGGACAUGAGGAUAGAGUUGCUGGGCCGCGAAUAUGGGCUCCGGGUGCUGCGCUCGAAGAUCACCUCAUCCGGCCUUGGCUUGUCGCCGGACCCGGCGCGGCUCUAUCCGCCCCAAGGUACUUUGGCGGGCUUGAAUUUGUGGGACAGCAUGGGGCUCGCUGCAAACAUGGCAUGGUUCGCUCCCAGAGUAUCGCUCUACUUUGCGUCUAUCCGGGAGAACGCGCACGGGGUGAGGUUGGCGGCUACUCCGAACGAUCCAGAUGCUGAGCUGGAAUGGCGGAUGAACGGUGGCAAGUGGGACUUUUUGGUUUCAGGCCUCACCUCCUCACCGGCCGAGGUUGCCACUUUUGGCUGGACGCUGCUAGAGGUCCGCGUCUCCUCAUCCUCCCUACCGGAAUCGCUGUCGCCUUUGGUCUACCAGGUGGUCUUAGCCCGCGGAGCCCGCGUGUGCCAUCCCAGCUGCGCGUACUGCAGCGGGCCGUCCGCAACGGACUGCGAGUCCUGCGUGCCGCCCCUGAUCCUUGCAGACGGAAAGUGCCUCUACACCGCAUGCCCUUCGUCAACGCAGUACUUCAACACGAGCACGGAGCGCUGCGAACCUUGUGAUUCGAGUUGCCUGGAAUGUGCUGAUGGCUCCCCUUGGGGCUGCAUCUCCUGCCCGCCCUCGCGUUACCUCCGGCCUAGUUCGGAGAUUGCCAUCGUCGGUUCUUGUGACCUGUCUUGCCUGUACGGAUUUUUCGUGCAGCCCACCAGCCAGCGUUGCCAGAUUGCUCCCGCUGGCACGGAAGUGGAGAGAUUUUAUUUGAGACUCACCCUCCGGAUCUCCCUGGAAGACUUCUUGGACAGCUCAGACACGUUGAAGGAGGUGCUGUUCAAGUCCGCCGAGACGCUGGCAGUGUCGCCACAGGACGUCCGAUUCCACAAGUGGGAGUCUGCGAAGGGGGGCCUGGGCGUCUUCUUUUUUCUCGAGGUGGAGAACCCUUUCGUGCAACACGACGAGCCAGAAGAGUGGUUUUCGAUCGAUGACUGGUUUGCUUCGCUUCCUGUUCCUGUGGACGAGAUUCGCAUCAUGACGCAAUCCCAGCUGUACCCUCCCGGCCCACAGCCGGCGCCGACCCCCUUCCUGGACCCUUGGCUGUUGGGUGCCAUCGGUGCUGCUUCGGCCUCCUUGCUGCUCUUGUAUCCGCUGUACACCUUCUACUUUGUGAGGAAGUACAAGGGGCAAAUGCCAUACUAUCCUGGAGACGGGCAAGAGCAGUUCGUGGACUACGUCCUGGAGAAGACCGAUCCGGCAGUCAUGUCUGCCAUGGUGAAUACAGCCGGGAAUCUGAAGGCGGCCGCGACAGAAGAAUGA